UAAGAUCUUGCUGUGUAUGUGCAUAAAACUCCAUGAAAAAUAAAUGACAGAAAAACCAUUUGAAAGCAGUAGUAGUUCUGAAAGUUCACCGAUUCUUUUAGCUUCAUCAAUGGACACUACUCCAUUGAGGAAACUAUUACAUGGGAUUUCAGAGUUUGUUGUUUCUUCUUCAACGUGUGGGAAAAAAGCAGCCGCCACACGUGGUCGUAGGAUUGUACAUAGGGAUGUUGAAAGGGAAGAGUUUCAGUACGGUGGUGGUGGUGGUAGUGGUGGCGGCGGCGGCGGUGGUCAUUGCUUAUCGUCUUAUUACAGUGUUUUUGUUGCUCGGCUUGCUAUCAUGGUGAUGCUAGCUAUUUUGAUUGGGCUGCUAACAGUUCUAACCUGGCAUUUCACAAAGGUUUACACAACAAAAUCAUUAAACACAUUGGCAUUUGGUCUUCGUUAUGAGCUUCUUCAAAGACCAAUCUUAAGGAUGUGGAACAUCUUGAAUUCGACCUCGGAAAUUACUACAGCUCAAGUCAAGUUGUCUGAAUAUGUAAUUAGGCGCUACAGUAAACCCACCAACCAGGCAGAACAAGUUGAGCAGCUGUAUGAAAUGAUGAAAGACAUAACAUGGGCACUAUUUGCAAGCCGUAAAGCUCUAAAUGCCAUAACCAUAAACUACAAAAAUGGAUUUGUACAAGCAUUCCAUAGGGACCAUAGAAGCAACAACACAUUCUACAUCUAUUCCGAUCUCGCAAACUAUUCAAUCAGCUCCACCGAAUCGUACCAUAACGAGAUGUUAUCGUCCCGAAAAGGCUGGAACGAUCAAUUCAUCCACGGCAAUGUCUCGGCGAUAUGGUACCGCCAACCGCUCGAUCCUGUGACGGGUGAAAAGAAAGGAAAGCCUUCACAAAUCCCACCGGAUGAUCUUAUCAACAUAGCAGGCCCGUCUCAAGUGCCUGAUGGGGUAGCUUCAUGGCAUGUCUCGGUUAGUAAAUACACCGAUUCACCGUUGCUUUCGGCUGCUUUGCCGGUUUGGGACGCUACGAAUACGAGUAUCAUGGCUGUUGUCGGUGUUACGACCGCUCUUUUUAGUGUAGGACAGUUGAUGAAAGAACUGGUUGAAGUGCAUAGUGGGUAUAUAUAUUUGACUUCACAACAAGGUUACUUGUUAGCGACAUCAACUAAUGCUCCUUUGUUAAAAAACACGACGAAAGGGCCGAAACUAAUGAUGGCCGUCGACUCCGAGGAUCGUGUGAUACGAAUGGGAGCUCAAUGGUUGCAAGAAGCUUAUGGCAAUAAGUUCCCACCUGGCCAUGUGGUUCAUGUUGAAAAAGCUAACCUUGGGGGUCAACAUUAUUACAUUGAUUCAUUUUUUCUCAACUUAACAAGGUUACCUAUAGUCGGGGUUAUUAUAAUUCCGAGAAAGUAUAUAAUGGGGAAAGUUGAUGAAAGGGCUUUGAAAACAUUGGUUAUAUUGAUAUCAGCAUCUGUAUGUAUCUUAGUUAUUGGAUGUGUUUGCAUUUUGAUACUUACGAAUGGAGUUUCCAAAGAAAUGAAACUCCGAGCUGAGUUAAUAAGUCAUCUCGAUGCAAGAAGAAGAGCUGAAGCUUCGAGUAAUUACAAAAGCCAAUUCCUCGCGAACAUGAGUCAUGAAUUAAGAACACCUAUGGCUGCUGUUAUCGGAUUGUUGGACAUUCUUAUCUGCGAUGAUUGCCUUACGAACGAGCAAUACGCAAUGGUUACUCAGAUUCGUAAAUGCUCAACGGCUUUACUCCGGCUUCUUAACAACAUAUUGGAUCUAAGCAAGGUUGAAUCGGGAAAAUUGGUGUUGGAAGAAGCUGAGUUCGAUUUGGGACGGGAACUCGAAGGACUUGUUGAUAUGUUCUCUGUACAAUGCAUUAACCAUAAUGUGGAAACAGUUCUGGAUCUCUCUGAUGAUAUUCCGAAAGUAGUUCGAGGAGAUUCGGCUAGAGUUGUUCAAGUUUUCGCUAACUUAAUAAGCAAUUCCAUCAAGUUCACAACAUCGGGACAUAUCGUACUCCGCGGAUGGUGUGAGAACCCGAAUGUGUGUAGUGAUUCCGGGAAGUUUUCUCCUGAUCAGAAGAAACCGUUGUCUGCAUUAAAGACAAAGUUGAAACAACACGGAAACCAUACGAAGAAGGCUGGCAAGAAAGACAACAAAAUGAUUCUUUGGUUCGAAGUCGAUGACACGGGCUGUGGAAUUGACCGGAGCAAAUGGGAAUCGGUGUUCGAGAGCUUUGAGCAAGCUGAUCCUUCAACAACUCGAACGCAUGGUGGCACCGGUCUCGGACUGUGCAUCGUGAGAACCUUGGUUAACAAAAUGGGAGGAGAAAUCAAGGUUGUUAAAAAGAACGGUCCUGGAACUCUAAUGAGACUAUUUUUGCUCCUUAGUACCCCUGCAGAUGGCGUAGAACAACAAGGACGAAUUGAUGUCUCGAAGCACAGUGUAGCUGUAAUCCUUGCAUUACAUGGUAGCAUAGGUAGAUUGACAAUGUCGAAAUGGCUAUCGAAAAACGGAGUCCCGACAUUGGAAGCAUCGGAAUGGAAUGAACUAACACAAAUCCUCCAUGAACUAUUCCAUGCCCGAACUCUUGAUUCUGGUUUCGACACUCAUUAUUCACUGGCUGAACCUGUGAGGUCCAAAGUACAAAGCUUACAAGACAUGAAGAACCCGGUUUACAUCAUAGUUGUCGAUCUCGGGUUGCUCGAUUUGAGCACCAACAUAUGGAAAGAACAGCUUAAUUUCCUCGAUAAAUUCUCCGGCCUUGUGAAAUUCGCAUGGAUGCUGAAUCACGAUACAUCCAAUGCUAUAAAGAUGGAACUCCGUAGGAAAGGACAUAUAUUGAUGGUUAAUAAGCCAUUAUAUAAGGCCAAAAUGCUACAUAUUUUGGAAGCUGUCAUAAAAGAAAGCUAUGUUGAGCCUCAAAACCGAAGUCCGAAUGGAACGAAAGGUACAUCUAAAGAAGGUGAUUCUCACGAAUGUCUUGAAAUCGAUUCAACUCAGUUCGAGACAUGCAGCUCUGAUGAUUCCGAUGAAACAGCUGGUGUUAGCUCUGUAAGUUCGGUCCAUAUCAGAGAGGAAUCGAGAGAAGGAACCAUACUAAAAUCCAGUCCAUCGACACUUAGGAACUGCCUAGUCGAGUUCACGCGAUUAGGCUUAGAUCAAUGCCAUACCAGAUCAAAGUUGCAAAAUACCGAAGACAUCAAACCCGAAAAUCCCGAUUCCCCAGAACAACCUUCGGUAAGAAGCAAUGCUAAAGACAGAAUAACAAACGAACCCAAAUCUCUCCAAGGUUUACGGAUACUCCUAGCAGAAGACACACCAGUUCUCCAAAGAGUAGCAACCAUCAUGCUCGAAAAAAUGGGAGCUGUAGUAAUCGCGGUAGGAGAUGGAGUACAAGCGGUCGAAGCCCUCAAUUCCGUGCUCGAUAAUGACAACGAACAUAGAAACGACCAAGUGGAAUCAGAGAUAUGUGAUUCUCCACCAUAUGAUUUGAUCUUAAUGGAUUGCCAAAUGCCAAUGAUGGACGGAUACGAAGCGACAAAAGCGAUAAGAAAAUCGGAAGAAAGAACGGGUUGGCAUAUUCCAAUCGUUGCUUUGACGGCUCAUGCUAUGUCAUCAGAUAAAGAAAAAUGCUUGAAAGUAGGCAUGGAUGCUUAUUUAACAAAGCCAAUUGAUUACAAGUUGAUGGUGUCCACCAUCCUUUCACUUACUAAACAGUCAUCACCUUGAAUGUUUAUGCAUGCCAUGGCAGUUUCUUGGGGAAAAAGAAAACACAACAAUAACAAGAAGCUUUAAUACUGUCUGCUAUACAUAGGAUUACAACCAGUUUUGUUGUUUCAAAUCUUCAGUUUGGAACUGGUUUUAUUUUUAUUUUUUAUUUUUAAUUUAUAGUCUAACUUUCGGCUUAGUUUGUUCUUAGUUAAUGUGAUAACUGUAUAUAUUAAACCCCAAAGGCUAAUAAGAAUAAUAUGAUUAUUUUGGGUUGAA